CAGUCAGAGAGAAAGUUCCUCAUCUACAGUUAGAUGCGAGCCGACGCACUAACUUCCUCGUAUACAACUAAAACAGGACUUUCUAUCGGAAUUGUUAUCACGAGUCGGGAUGGAGGAGCGGACAUAAAAUAAAAAAAAUUAAAAAGUGCUUUUCUAAAGAAAACAAAUAAUUCAGGGUUAGAAGACCAGAUAGCCAUAUAGCGGCCAAGGAUUAUACAGCUGGUUGGAACGAGGUUCUUCCACCAUGGGCUGCGUGGGGUCCAAGGAGCAGCAGGAUCCCAGCAGCAAAGGAGUGAAUGAUGACACUCUGAGCCGGACUCAGCCAGCCCACUAUGUCAAAGACCCCACCACUGGGACCAAGGCUAAUAGAACCAUCUCCUCUGGCCCUUCAGUCCCCUCUGAUGGUCCUGAGAGCAUUGCUAUUGCUCUGUAUGACUAUGAGGGUAUAAAUGAUGGAGACCUGGGCUUCAAGAAGGGAGACAAGCUUAAAAUCUUACAGGAGUCUGGAGAAUGGUGGAGAGCCCAGUCAAUCAGCACAGGCCAGGAAGGCUUCAUCCCCAGUAACUAUGUAGCCAUAGACAGCCUUGAAACCGAAGAGUGGUUCUUUAAAGGAGUGAGCAGGAAAGAUGCAGAGAGGCAGCUGCUGGCAUCAGGAAACAAAAUGGGAUCGUUUAUGAUCCGUGACAGUGAGACCACCAAGGGCAGUUACUCACUAUCCGUGAGGGACAGUGAUUCCCAAUCAGGAGAAACAGUCAAGCAUUACAAGAUCCGUACGCUGGACAACGGUGGUUUCUACAUCUCCCCACGCAUCACCUUCACCACUCUGCAGGAACUGGUCAGCCAUUAUAAAAAGCUGGGAGACGGUCUGUGCCAGGCCUUGACCAGCCCCUGCCUCAGUCCCAAGCCCCAGAAGCCCUGGGAGAAGGAUGCCUGGGAGAUUCCUCGGGAGUCCCUCAAAAUGGACAGGAGGCUCGGGGCUGGCCAGUUCGGAGAAGUCUGGAUGGCUACAUACAACAAGCACACCAAGGUGGCAGUGAAGACCAUGAAGCCUGGCACCAUGUCAGUGGAGGCCUUCCUGGACGAGGCCAACCUGAUGAAGGCCCUGCAGCACGACAAGCUGGUCCGCCUGAACGCCGUGGUAACUAAAGAGGAACCCAUCUACAUCAUCACAGAGUACAUGGAAAAGGGCAGUUUGCUGGACUUCUUGAAGAGUGAUGAAGGGAAUCGUGUUCAGCUCCCCAAACUCAUUGAUUUCUCAGCGCAGAUUGCAGAAGGUAUGGCCUACAUUGAGCAGAGGAACUAUAUCCACCGGGACCUGCGAGCCGCCAACAUACUCGUGUCCAAGGCUCUGGUGUGCAAGAUCGCUGACUUUGGCCUCGCCCGAAUCAUUGAGGACAAUGAGUACACAGCCAGGGAGGGAGCAAAGUUCCCCAUCAAGUGGACGGCCCCAGAGGCAAUCAACUACGGCUCCUUCACCAUCAAAUCAGACGUCUGGUCCUUUGGCAUCCUACUGACAGAGAUCAUCAGCUAUGGACGCACACCAUAUCCAGGGAUGACGAACCCAGAAGUGAUCCGCUCCCUGGAGAGAGGCUACCGCAUGCAGCGCACCGACAGCUGUCCCAAGGAGCUCUAUGACGUCAUGUUGGAGUGCUGGAAGAACAAGCCUGAGGACCGUCCAACCUUUGAGUAUCUUCAGAGUGUCCUGGAGGAUUUCUACACUGCAACGGAGAGCCAGUACCAGCAGCAGCCUUGAGCCAGACAGAAAAAUCCAGGCAGAUACAUAGCAUCCUCUCAUGUACCUGAAUAGAGUAGCCUACAGACAAACCAACAGAGAAAAAACAGGUUUUUAGAUGGUUUCCUUAUGAAAUAUGGCAUUUACUGUAGCUUUAUGAAUGAUGACCUAACAAAUGAAUUACAGCGAUUCAUGACAUGGCUGACUGUGACGGGUUUCAGAAUUGUACUUGAUUUAAAUAUAUGAGUGGCCAGAAAUAAAAAAAAACGAGCCACAUUUUAGCCUUUUUGAUUAUGAAUUUCCUAUGUAUAUGCCCAGUUCAUAUAUUGGAAAAGGCCAUUUAUAUUCUGCCAUAGACCAUUGAAACUAUAAUUCACUGAAUAAGCACUGGAGUGCAACAGUAUAAUCUAGAAUAAUUCACUUAUAAAACUAUUUUUGCCUAUGUGGUAACGGUCUUAAUUUAUUUUAUCGGAGAGUAGCCUACUUGUUUGUCAAUCCUCUAUACUAUAUCUAUAUGUAGGCAACACAAGGGAGUGAUGUGAUGUGACAUUUUUACACGAGUACAAUUAGAUGUUGUUGCUUGCAUGUUUUUUUUUUGUGGGUUUUUUCUAUGUAGGCCACUGUUAUCAUUUGUCUAAAAUGGCUGAAGAAUUUGUGCAUUGAGGUAACAAUUGACUGCACAGACAUUGAAUGUUGAAUACGGGAUAUAUGUUUUCAUAUGAAUAAUGCAUUUCUUAACCAAAUGCUUUUUGAUAUUUUCUUAUAGAUGCGUGUAAGUGCAAUGACUUAAAGGUUGUGUUGAAUAAAAGGAAUGAAUAAAAUCCUAUUGUCAUUCUAGCCUACGUCAAAUUUAACAUGAUGAUCUGCAAUUUUUUUGUAAAAGUAAAGACAAAAUCUGUCAGAUUUUUCAAUGUAUGAAUGAUGAUAUGAAAGAGAUUUGAUCAGAUUUUUCACUGUAUGCAUGACGAUAUGAAAAAGAUUGUAUCUGUUUUUUUAACAACCUGCUUGAAGUCAAACAAGCAUGACUUAAUAAUUAUUAUUUUUUUACAAAAAAAUCUACAUACAAACACAUUUUGAACAGAUGUACACUGAACAAAAA